AUGGGCAUCAAGGCUCUAAUUGCAAGUUCUUUCUCAAAGAGUGACUACAAAAAAGUGAAAGAAAUUACAUAUUCCGUUCUGAAGAUAGAAGCAUUUACUAGUGUUUUCUUAGCUAUCAUACUGGGUACAUGGUACAGUUCUAUUGCUGAAUUAUUCACUAAGGACGUUGAAGUGCUAGGAAUUGUUAGGUCAGUGUUUCUGUUUGUCAGUGCCACUCAACUCAUCAAUGCUCUAUCUUUUGUUUUUGAUGGUCUCCAUUGUGGUGUUUCAGACUUCUCGUAUUCAGCUUUUUCUUUGAUGGUGGUUGGGACUAUGUCAUGUGCAUUUUUGGUAUAUGCUCCUUCUGGUUUUGGUCUUCCAGGAGUAUGGUUUGGUUUGACUCUUUUCAUGCUCUUGCGUACGGUAGCAGGGUUUGUGAGGUAAGAGUAUGCAAAUUUCUUACAUAGACUGGCAGUAGGUUCCAUUAU